AUGUCGAAUAGGAGGGCCUUGCAGAGUGAAAUUGAGUUACUGCCAGUCUCCCAUGGGUCCCAGAGCGCAGAUUCACUUAUAACCAUCCCGCAUGUUUGGGACGAAGAUUCAGCAACAGAUUCAGAGCAAAGGUCCUUCAAUGCCCGGGCUUCACUGAAAUCCGCGCGACGCGCGCCAGCUCGCCGAGGCAAUGCACGACUCGAAGGCUGGAAGUUCACCAUUCUUAUGGCCUUCUUGGCAAGCUUGGUCGUGUUAUUCUUCAAUGUGGGCUUCCUGAUCUACACUGCUGCGAAUCCCCAGAAAAAGGAUAUUGAGCGUUACUCUCAUCAAUAUCAGGUGGAGUAUAAUGAGCUUGGCAAACAUCACGGCCGAAACACAGUUUUAUAUGAAGGCGACUGCGAGAAAGUACAUCAUUUGGGCGUUGGGCUUCAUCUACUGAUUAACUUGUUGAGUACUUCUCUGCUUAGUGCCAGCAACUAUGGAAUGCAAUGUCUGGCUGCCCCAACAAGACAAGUGAUUGACAAAGCACAUAAAGCUGGACGAUGGCUAGACAUCGGAGUGCCUAGUGUGCGAAAUCUGUUUCGGGUCUCCAAAGGACGCUCAGUAUUGUGGCUAUGUCUAGCGUUUUCCUCGCUUCCCUUCCAUUUGAUUUACAAUUCUGCAAUAUACCAAACAACCGCAGUUUCUGCCUACGAUGUCUUUGCUGGCAGUGGAUCAUUGGCAGAAAAGGACUGGCCAGAUUUGAACUUGACAGGAACAGACAUAACGCCACGCAAAAAUCACUCACUGCAAGGCCUUUUUUACGCAGCACAAAACGGGUCUAAGGCAGUGACGCCCCUGAGUAACAACGACUGCCUCAAUGCGUUCGGGAAGACCUACCAAUCCACAUACAACAAACUACUCUUAAUAAACUCAGCUAUGGAAAACAACAACACAUACACCUUUGUCGAUACCCAACACGUGUUCAAUCCCCUAGAAAACGAGCAUGGUCCAGAUGGUGGCCCGUACGAGUGGAUAUGUACCUACGCUUGGAAAUCCGAGAACUUCUGCACAAGCUCUUACAUUCCUCUGGCACGAGACCGCAUCGAAAAUGGCGAUUGGAUGGUUGACGAUGUCCCCUACAAGGUGGAUUCUUGUCUUGCUCAGAAAGCGCCCCAGUACUGUAAGCUACAGUAUUCGCUGCCUCUGACGCUGAUAGUUGUCGGCUUCAAUGUCGUCAAAUCUGCCAUCUUGCUGUAUAUGUGGCUCAUGAUAGCCGACACGCCUCUAUUGACCAUUGGCGAUGCUAUUGCUUCUUUCCUCCGCCGUCCAGAUCCACACUCUCAAGGGUACUGUCUUCUCACCCAUCGAGAAGUAAAAUAUUGGGACUCAAUGUUACUCAAAGACUCUAUGCCAGAGGUCUUCCCGAAAAGGCGAAGGCGAUGGGGCUCGGCAGUCUCCAAUACCCGGUGGACAUCCAGUAUCUCGCUCUUGGUCGUUUCCAUUACUACAUCUAUUUGCCUCUUAGUAUUCGCAUUGGCAAAUAUAGAAGAAGGAAUCGAUAUCUGGAAACAAGAACUGGGCGCCAUCCUCGCCGACACCCUAAUAAAAGGCAACCACUGGCCAAACACACUCCUACCAAACGUGAUCAUCGCCAAUGCCCCACAACUUAUUUUCUCCUUCAUCUACUUCGCCUUCAACUCCGUAUUAACCGCAAUGACCCUCGCCGCCGAAUGGAGCACCUACGCCAUCCGCCACAAGGGCCUCCGCGUCUCAAACAACCGCCAACGAUCCCAGCAAAGCAAGAAAUUCCUCUCCAUCCCUUACCGCUAUUCAGCGCCUCUUUUGGUAUUCUCAGGCGUGCUCCACUGGCUCAUUUCACAAAGCAUUUUCAUGGUCGGGAUUGAGGCCUUUGAUGCCGAUAUGGUGCGUGAUCCGGGGCGGGACCUGACCACCUGUGGCUUCUCGCCUCUUGCAAUGAUGAUCUCGAUCAUCGUCGGAGGCGUCAUGUUCUUCUACCUUGUAGGGCUUGGUUUCCGCCGGUUUAAGUCGGCUAUGCCAGUGGCGGGGAGUUGUAGCUUGGCCAUUGCUGCUGCUUGUCAUCCGAGGUUCGAUCCUAAUUGUCCCGGGAAGCAUCGGGAUGAUGAACUGGAAUCGGAAAACGAGAAUACAGACAUGUCUCGUUUGCCUGUGAGGUGGGGUGCGGUUGUGGUCGAUGGUCCUAUAGGGCACUGUAGCUUCACGUCGGAACAUGUUGAUGAGGCUGAACAGUGGAGGGAAUACCAGUAA